AAUCAAGAUGAAACUUAUUAUACUUGUCAUAAUUGCUUUUAUUGGCAGUAUUGUUAAUGCUGAUGUCGUAAAAAGUACUGCUUUGAAUAAUACAACUAUGAGCGGAACUACUGCUACUGCAAGCAUAUCUAUCAACAACCCUAAUAAUGCAAAAAAUGCUGCUACUAAGCUUGGCAGGGACCCAAUGAUUCUGAUAAUCUCUACAUGUGCUGCUUAUGCUUUGAUAUAACAUGUUUGACAUAUUCCAUUAAGAAACAAUUGCUUAAUUCAGUUUGAUUUAACUUUACAACACUAAUUACUCAUUAGCCUAUCUGAUAAUCUUGAAUUUAUAAAUGUAUUUGAACUAUUCUAUGCAUCAGUUAGUCUUACCCAUAUACCGAUUUGAUUCAUGGUUAGUAUUGUCUUGAUUAAUUCAUUAAUAAUCAUGACAAUCUUUUCGACUUGAGCCAAGAUGAAUCUUCUAGUUGAAAGAAACUAUCAAUCUUGAUUCGUUUUAAAUACGCGCAUCUAUCUUUUUCUUAUUGGAACCCUUUGUAAGCAGAUGAAAACCAAGGUGCAGAAGAAGCAUAAGGGUCCCGUUAAUCUCAAGAUUUUUAUAAACCAUAUUCAAGAGGCAUAUGAUGAAAUUGAUGUAAAAAAGUAUUAAUUGAUUAAUUGAGCUAAUGUCUAGUCGUAUCAACAUAAAAAUAAAAGCACUUGAUG